AUGUUUUCCUUUCAAGACGCCGGAGAAAACGAAAAAAACGCAAACGCGGACGCGAAGACAGGCGCGAAAGUGCGCACGUGCGGUCGGUGCGACGCGCGAGACGUCUCGUGGAGAGCGUGCGGGGGGUGUCGAAAAACGUAUUACUGCGGGAAGGAGUGUCAGCGCGCGGACUGGCCGUCGCACAAAGAGACUUGCAAGACGUCGUGA